AUGCAUUCGGACGCAGAAUCGAGUUCGUACGCCGGAUCCGCGGCCUCCAUAAGCUCCACGGAGGAGUUCUCGAUCAAUGAUUUUGUCACACAGGUGGAGGCGGUUUUCGACCCGCUCCCGCUGGACAGAGCCCUGGUAAUAGAGGCGCAGUUGUCGGGUCUGACAAACUCGGCAGUGCGCGACUUGGAGGAGCUCACAGAACAGGCAAUUGAGUUAGUGCCGCGGUCAAAAGAGACUGCCGCCCGCGGCAAAGAGCUUGUGCGGCUGAUCAGCGCCGACCUCGACUGGAUAGACCACCAUUUGACAGCGCUGUCGGAAAAGGUCCGUAUGGCCCACCCGAUUGAGUAUUCCGCUGCUAAAGAAAAAGUAAGACCUGGUGCACUAUAG